AAAACAUGGUUCUGACCCCGACCCAUUGACACUGUUAUUUUACGAGAGCCCUGGGUGGUGUGUAUGCUGACAAUUUACGUGACCACAAGCCUAAACAUUCAACCAAAAUGGACACAACAGUAAGAAAGGUAUCUGAGGGUCAAUUUGAGGACGAUGUCUAAUCUAAACGCAUCUUUAUCAUCAUCUGGGGACCGUCCGCAGCUGUUUUUUACACCCACAGGCGACUCUUCAGCUGGUAUGUGUUUUGCACAGCCUACAUUUGCUUUUCUUUGAUAAACGGAUGUGUCAUUUCCAUCCCUCUGACUUGCAAUGAUAAUUGCAUGACAGGUGGGGAUUUCUGAGGCCUACGUUAACGUGGAGUAGCAAAAAUUCCUCCCUGCAGUUGCCACAAUGGCCUCGGUACUGAGUUGUUUCAGUGGCCCCGAGUUGUUGGAGGACGUGAAUCACGCUCAGGGUUUAAUGAAGGAACUCAAGUUGAUGUACGACUGUCGGCUGCUGGGAGACAUCACCAUUGGAGUGGAGUAUGAAGAGGAGCAAAGCGGAGACUCACUCGGAGGUGACAUCGACCAACUUUUCUUAUGCAGCCGCAAUGUCCUUGCAGCUGCUAGCCCCUACUUCAAAAGCAUGUUCACCGGGGGGUUAAACGAGAGCAUGCAGGAGAGAGUGGUCAUCCGGGGGGUGGACGCUGAGUCCAUGUCCGUCAUCAUCGAUUACUGCUACACAGGCAGGGUCACCAUCACGGAAAGCAAUGUGCAGAAACUGUACGCUGCUGCUAACAUGCUCCAGCUCGAGUACAUUAGGAAAGCUUGCUCUAGUUUCAUGACCAGGAGACUUGACCUGUCCAACUGUGUGGGGGUCCUUAAGUUUGCAGACACCUAUGACAACCCCGAGUUGAAGGAUAAUGCACAAAACUUCAUUGCCAGGAACUUCAGUCAAGUGUGUAAUGGAGGAGACCUUUGUGAGCUGGAUUUGGUGCAGUUAAAGGAGCUUUUGUCUUUAAACAUUUUGGAUGUGGACUGUGAGAGGAAAGUGUGCUCGGCUGCGUUGCAGUGGAUCGAGGUGAAUGCACCGCAGAAAAGGGAGGAUGCAUUACAGGCUCUGAAGUGUGUGCGCUGGAACUUGUUCACUGAGAAGGACAAGUGUUACCUGGAGAGCCUCAUGGCGAGGCCUUUAAUUGAGAAAUACCUUGCCUCAUUCUUUGAUAGGUCUGCAGAGGACAGCUGUGGAGUGUCUGCGAGUCUUGACCUCCCAAAACACAGGAUAGGUGUGAGCGCCAAAGAAAUGAUCAUUUUCUUCGGCCUACCAAAUGACAACAUAAUGUGCUGUGAUCCAUACUCAGAGGAUUUGUAUUUCAUGGCUCCUCCUUUAGAGGAUCUCAGCAGCCAGGAUUACAAACGUUCCACCAUGGAGUCUCUAAUUGCUUGUGCCACACCUGAAAACAACCUGUACCUCGCCUCCCACCUCUCUAAACACUUCUGGCUGUACAAUCCUGUGCUCAACAGCUGGCAGGAGCUGGCAGAGAGGCCUCUGGGGAGGAUACACUCCGGGAUGGGCUAUCUUAACGGGCAUGUGUACCUCCUAGGUGGAAGAAAUCCAGUGACAGAUGCGAGGCUGAAGGAGGUUGAGUGUUACAGCGUGCAAAGGAACCAGUGGACAUUUGUGGCUCCUCUGCCUCAUUCUUUGGGUAAAAUGCAGGUAGUGGCUCUAAAUGACCACCUGUAUGUGGUGAACAAAAGAAGAAUGCUUUGCUACGACCCCAAAAGGAACCGCUGGCGUCACUGUGGCUCGCUGAGAAGAGACAAGCUUCACAAAGCCUGCGUCUUUCAGGACCAGAUUGUGUGUGUGUGCGACAUACCAGUGGUGAAAGCCUACAGCCCUGCCAAAGGGGAAUGGAAGAGGAUGGGCGACAUUCCCAUUGACAGCCGCGCUCUGAAUUACCAGGUGAUCCAGCAUAACAGCAAGCUCCUCCUCCUCACUCAGACUCUCCUGCAACACAACAAAAACAGAGUCCUCAUCCACGAGUAUGACCAAGCUAGAGACACGUGGAAGAAUGUUAUGGCGGUGUAUGUGUCCACUCUUGGGCCUGUGUGUGUUUCAACUCGUGUAUACCCAGCAUGCCUCGGUUCUGCUCACAGCUUCUCCACAGAGGAGGACGAUGACAGCGGAUCUAGUGCAGACUGGGACUUUGACGGGUUGACAGACCCGGACUCUGACUCUGGCAGCUCAAGCUCCUUCUCAGAUGAGAACUGGUAGUGAAAUGUGUCAAAGAAAAGUUAAACCUAUUUAUGAUUUAUCUGUUUUUUUUUCAGGGUUGAGACUUUCAGGACAGGUCACAGAUUCGCUCUGUGAAUCUUCAAGGUUUUUCCACCAGUGUGGCUCGUUGUUAAUUACAAAAGAAGAGAAGAAAUGGAUCCUCCUUUUUCCACACAGUGAACUAAAAACCAACAGGGCCUCUUUCUUCUAUCUUUGCCUUUUCCUAAUAGCAUGAAGGACAUUCAAAUGUCCUCUGCAGUCUUGUUUACACUAUAACUCAAGACAAACACACAAUAGAACAAAAACUGGUCAGUGUUGUUUCCGCCAUACUCAAGGGAGUAAUUGUAGGAUACUCCAAAGAUGUAGUUUUAUACAUCUGUAAAAGUAGGGGAAGUUUUGGAGAGAGGGAUUAAAAGACUAGAUCCUACAAUACCCACCAUGCAAUGCUUUGCAAACUGAGCCUUGAAAUGGAGAUCAGGGGCCUAUUCUACGAAGCAGGAUUACUGCUUAGCGAUGUAACUUCGAGGGUAAUUUCGGGGUUUCCUGUUCUACGACGCGGGUUCACUUCUUAGCGUGACGAGUCUCCAUGGCAACGUACGCUGAACGGCUAACCUGCUCCGGGGCAGGUUAGGUUCCAGAUUGAACUCACUGAGUAUAAAAACCCCGCCCACUGACCAAUGAGCUCUCUCGAAAAACGACUUGUUCGUUCUUGGAGGAUCCUGUAGACCUCGGUGCUCGCAUUGUCCAAGGAGCACUCCGGAGCGCGAGAGUUUUCAGGGACCGCACGGACCCACUUCCUUUUCCGGAUGACCACCUUUAUGAUAGGCUCAUAUGGCCGACAUAUCACACAACAAAUGUAAACACGAUAGGAAUGAACAAAUGAAUGAAUUCAUCUUGGAAAUGAAUUAGACGUGUCUGGUGCGUGUUAAAAGCGCAUGUUGAACAGUGCUAUUUCAGGGUGAUAAUGGCAUCAAAGAUUUUUUGCACACUUUACUUACGCAUUGAGACUGUCUGCAAUUUUCUGCCAGCAUUCCUUCCAUGCUUUUGCAGCGGCGACGGUGUUGCUUUUGAGGUUUAUGAUAGCUUUGAUUUCUUCAUACUUUCUCAUGAUUGUCUCCUGCUCUUCGUUUUUAAAGUAUGCGGUCCUUCGCUCUCUGGCCUGCUCUGACGCUCCAGACUGGUCCAUGUUCGCGAUUGGUCAGAUGCGGCGGGCUCCGCCUUACAUGCGUGCACACGCUCAUAGCAAAGCUGGAUCCACUUACGAGGUGGAUAACCAGCGUCGUAAGACCGUUUAGCGAGAGCGCUGGCUACUGCGCUAAGUCGAACUUGCUUCGUAGAAGUGGCCCCAGGGUUGUGUUUCAUUGUACUAACUUGAUCACGCUUUUCAAAUAAAGGUGUUGACAUUUAUAUUACUUGGUUUGACAGCAAUGUCACAAAUAGCUUAAACUUUUGAAGACUGAAAGCUGCUGAAUCAAUAAUUGUCAUGAAGGAGCCUUUGCUACUCUAGUUUUCUCUAUGUCCUCCUUCAGAUCUCUCUUUCACAACCUGAAAAGUGAAAGGACAGAGACAUGCUAGCAUAUUGAAAGCACCCUAGUGUUGAGAUGUUUGCUGUAUCGUUUGACUUCAAAGUUGUUAAAACUUUAAAAACACAUGUAACCAGUAAGAUCAUGAAUUCCUGAAGCUGAGCCAUCCUUAAUAUUAAUACUCUCAUCUAAACUUUUCUUAUGAUGAGUAAAAAUAUGUGCUGCUGAAAAUACUUUCAUGCUACCAAGACUAUCUUGAAUCUUCAAGGUAAAAACGAUCCAUAAAGAUUUAAACAUGUAUGACAGGGUGAAUCGGAGGAAACAGGUGACGCCAUCAGAUAAAACAGUUUACAUUCAUGUCUGAUUUGCUGUUGAGGUAGUAGCCAGCAUGACAGAAAAAAAUUGUGUUUAUUUGUCAGAGUUUCUAAAAGGGGGUCCUGAUGAAAUUUUGGCAGGAACUGCAAUAAUGCAACUGAAUCACUCCUUUUAGAGGUGAUUCCUGUUCGACUAACACCUCCCCUCUAGUCCUGCUGGUUUGUCAUGUUUGUGAACCCCAAACCCAUGCUAAGAUACCCAAAUAAUGCAACUAAGAGUGAUAAUUUAGUUUAAUCUGAAUAUUUAAAUGAUUUAUUAGAAAUGCACAUACUUCCUUGAAUCCAAAGUGAUUUCUUUAGAUUGCUCCAAAGACACCAAAUGUCAAAGGCUUAAAAAGCAUAAAUUAACAUUUAAGAUGCCAAAAAUGGCAACUGUUGACUUUAUUUUUUUUUUAAAUUGGAACACAAUCCACGUACUGUUUUUAACAACUAUGUAUCACCUAUGAAAAUGCUUGGUGAUAAAGUGUUUUUCGGAUCGGAAAUUGUCUUUUCUCCGAAAGCUUUCUUGAGAAAUGUCUUCAGACUUGACAGUGCUCCUUUAGAGCUGCAGAAGGCACACAGUUAAAAAAACUGUAUUAGCACCUCCCUUUACAGAUACAUGGACUUAGGAAGACACUGUAAUGCUUGUGUUAUUAAAAAAUGGACUGAAUGAGCUUAUGAUUGUUUUCAAAAAUCAUGUGGGGAGUGUCCCUGGAUUAUGACUUGAAACAGCUGGUCUCUCACAGGGCUUUAAAUGUGUAAAUGCUGUCCCUUUAUUUAAGUCAGUGUUGCACAUCUUGACUUCACAAGUUGGGGUGUUGUGAAAAGAAUAUAUAAAUAUAUAUAUAGAGAGAGAAAGAGAAAGGGUGACGCCAAUGCACUGAAUGCUCACUCAGGUUUAAGCCUCAAAAAGGCCUGAAUGCCAUAAAUGAAGUGAUGUAGUGAAGUUAGAUGUUUUGAUGACGAGGGAUACAUUUUAUGAAGUUUAUCUGAAACAUUAGAUGUUAACUUUUUAUGUCCUGGUGAACUGCUUUAGAUUGAGGACAUUUUGCCAGCAUGUUACGAAAUUGCACCCAUCUCAUUCACUCAUCUACCAGUUUAUUACCUGUGUUUAAAUAGAUGGAAAUGUUUAAUAAUCUAAAUUUUAUAAACAAUUAAUUAGGCUCACUUCUCGCUUUGUGAUACAAUACCCUGAAACACAGAAUCUUAAGAUAUCUGUAGGUCAAUCAGUGAAAACAAACAUUUAGCAUUAUAACUCUCAUGAAGGUAAUAUUUUUUUGGAACCAAUAAACUGGUAAAUGAGUGUGUAUUUUAUUGUUGUCUUGCUGUAUGAUGGAUAAUUGACAUGUUAAAUUAUUUUGCUGUGUGUAUGGGAUAGGGUUGGGGUUGAAUGGUCUGAAUUAUGAAGCUGUUUUGGUGUAAGUGUCAAAUAAACUACGCUGUUUGAUGCAGAGAAGCA